AUGCCAGACUACACGAAAGACCAGGAAAAGGAGGUCGAGAGACUCCUAAAGAUAGAAAGCACAGACUAUUACACGAUUCUGCGAGUGGACAAGAAGUCGAACGCGGUGGAAAUAAAAAAGGCGUACCGGCGGUUGGCGAUGAAACUUCAUCCGGAUAAGAACAAGCAUCCACAGGCAGGUGAGGCGUUCAAGAAAAUCGCAAAAGCGUUUGAAGUGCUUAGUGAUGAGAAAAAGAGAAACUACUACGAUCAAACAGGAUCGGACCCGGACUCUCGCGGCAUGCCGUCGGGAGGAGCAGCAGGUAGUGCAGCGGGAAGAGGGCCAUCCGGCAUGGCAAGUGGAUUCUCGCCGUUUGCAAAUGACGGGUCUCAGUUUUUCUACACGAACUCAUCUCCGUUUGGCAACAUGGGAGGUGGCGGAAUGUUUGAUGAUGACUUGUUCAACGUGCUUUUCGGGGGAAACAACGGGUUCACCUUUGGGUUUGACGGCGCAGGGUUCAGGCGUGCCAAUUUUGGCAAUGGAUCGAGCUUUUUCUACCAAAAUGGGGGGCCUGGUAUGAGGCACAGAACAGCAAACGCAAGAAGAGCAAGGAGGAACGCCGGUCAGGCCGGUGGCAGGACACAGCAUGCAGAGAAUUCGGGUCACGGUAACCACUGGCUCAGCGUAUUGUACCAGUAUCUCCCGCUUUUGGUGAUUCUCAUACCGAUGCUUUUCAACGCACUUAUGGACUCGUUUGGGGACGGCUCGGGCGGCUUGUUCGACCGGACGCCGUCCUUUUCGUUUGAGACGUCGCCGGCAUACUCGGUGGAGCGUACUAGUCCCAAUCUAGGCAUCAAGUACUACCUUACAAGGCAAUCGGUGGACAGUCUGGCGCAGAAAAGAGACGCAGAGCAGAUUUUGCAGAAGUUGGGCCGUAAGGCCGAGGAUUACUACGUCAAGGAUAUGAAAAACAGGUGCCAGAGAGAGCAGAGGACCAAAGAGAGGAUGAUCGAGGAUAGCUAUGGUCUUUUUUUUGUGGAUCAAGAAAAGCUAAAGAAGGCCCAGGAGUACCCCACGCAGAGCUGCGAUCGGUUGAGAGAGUUGAGGUUGUUGUGA